AUGACACUAUGGGUCUGCUUUCGUUGUAUACGGUCUGGUCGGCAUUUUCGAGGCUUGCCCAUUCUCAUUCAAAGACGGGCUCAGUCAACAACUACAAAUAACGGCAUCUCCUCAGCAUUACUUACUCGAGCUCAGGCCUUGACUGCUGAGCAUUCCAGCCUGUCACAUCAUCUAACAGAAUCAUUCGACGCGAAGAUUGCCAAACGAGUCGGGGACUUAGCGCCUGUGGUACAGGCUUGGACUGAAUGGGAGAAGGCAAAGGAGUCGAUCUCGGAACUCAAUGUCUUACUUGAUGACCCAGAUACCGAUGCGGAACUACGGUCACUUGCUAUUGAAGAUCUUGAAAGCAGUAACGCGCAGCUGCAGGUGGUCUCCGACAAACUAAAGCAGGCUCUUAUACCGCGUCACCCAUUCGCCGAAUUACCAUGCCUACUUGAAAUAAGACCCGGAGCUGGUGGUGAGGAGGCAGGGCUCUUUGCCUCCGAGCUUUUGAAGAUGUAUACUGCGCUGUCAUCCCGGCUUGGGUUUCGCUCCACAUUGCUAAAGCUGGACACGGAGGAAGGACAAACUGAGGAUCGCCUAACCGAAGCAGUCCUAGAAAUAGAGACAGACGGAGCAUACGAUAUUCUAAGAACAGAAUCUGGCGUGCACAGGGUACAAAGAGUGCCAGCGACUGAGACAAAAGGCCGCACACAUACCAGCGCAGUGAGCGUAAUGAUUCUCCCGAGUUUUCCAGAGUCAGGAAGCGACAUGGACAGCGCGCUCAAUUUUGAAGAUCCCAACAGUGAUUACUAUGUGAACCCCCAGGAUGUUCGCACAGAGAAGAUGCGAGCGAGUGGUGCUGGUGGCCAGCAUGUCAACAAAACGGAGUCAGCUAUUAGACUGACCCAUAUACCCACUGGCCUCGUUGUAUCCAUGCAGGAUUCCCGAUCCCAACACUCGAAUCGUAAGAAAGCGUGGCAGAUCUUGCGAGCAAAAGUAGCCAGUAUGAGGCGAGAAGCCCGAGAGCAGGAACUAGUGAAUCUUCGGAGAGGAGCCAUGGGAGGAGUUGCGAGGAUGGGUCGUGGUGACAAGGUCCGUACUUAUAACUUUGGCCAGAAUCGCUGUACAGACCAUCGCAGUGGCAUCACAGUGCAUAACCUAGGGAGUGUCCUUGAUGGAGGCACAGGGCUGGAGGCAAUCAUGGAUAGUGUUCGGAGCUGGCUUACAGACCGCGAGAUCGAGGACAUGAUUGCUGAAGAAUCAGCUAAAGAGUUAUUGAAGAGCCAGACAAAUGUGGACAAGAAGAACUCUUGA